AGUCGCCUUUGAGUUUUUGUAGUGAUCGGAAGUGAAAAGUGAUUGGAAUAAGAAUUUAUUGUGUUCAAGAUGAGUUGUCCCGUUGGAAAUCUUAAUGGAAAUGACGCCCAACAAGGUGAACAUCUUGGAUCGGAUGUUGGAAUGCUUUACGGUGAAUAUUUAAUGUUGGACAAACUUUUAACUGCACAGAAAAUGCAAUCAAAUGUUCAUGAUGAACAUCUUUUUAUUGUCACUCAUCAAGCUUACGAAUUAUGGUUCAAGCAAAUCAUCUUUGAACUUGAUUCGAUUCGCGUUCUUUUCAAUCGUGAGAACAUCGAGGAAUCAAGCACUUUGGAAAUACUUAAACGAUUGAACAGAAUCGUAUUGAUUCUGAAUCUUCUUGUUGAUCAAGUGCCAAUUUUAGAAACAAUGACACCUUUGGAUUUUAUGGACUUCCGCGAUUAUCUUUCACCAGCUUCAGGUUUUCAAAGUUUACAAUUUCGUCUCAUUGAGAAUAAGUUGGGAGUGAAGACAGAACAUCGUGUAAAAUAUAAUCAAAAGUAUUCUCACGUUUUUGGAACGGAACCAGAAGCUAUUGAAGCUAUAAAAAACUCGGAACAAGAUCCUUCAUUAAGUGAUCUCGUUCAAAGAUGGUUAGAAAGAACGCCUGGCUUGGAAUUGGAUGGAUUUAAUUUUUGGGGGAAGUUUAAAGACAGUGUUGACAAGCUUUUGAAUGAGAAGGAAGAGCAAGCAAACAAAGAACCCAAAGAACAUAUAAGAAAUUAUCGCCUCAUGGAUAUUCAGAAACGUCGAGAUGUUUACGAAACCAUUUUUAAUCCAUCAUCACAUGAAGCAUUAGUUUCACGUGGUGAAAGACGAUUCACAUACAAAGCAUUACAAGGCGCAAUCAUGAUUAAAUUCUAUCGAGACGAACCAAGAUUCUCACAGCCACAUCAACUUCUAACUCUUCUCAUGGACAUUGACUCGUUGAUAACUAAAUGGAGAUAUAACCACGUUAUUAUGGUUCAACGAAUGAUUGGUUCACAACAAUUGGGAACUGGUGGAAGUUCAGGUUAUCAAUAUUUGCGUUCUACUUUGAGUGAUCGUUACAAAGUGUUUCUCGAUCUCUUUAACUUGUCGACGUUUUUGAUUCCACGUGGUUUGAUUCCACCCUUGACAUCUGAAAUGAAGGAUGCAUUAAACAUGGGCUGGAGAACUCAUCAGAAUCAUGCUACAAAUGGGGACAGUUAAAACUUCAAAAGCUGAUUUUCUCCUUUAUUUCCUUACUUAAAAGCUUUCUUCUUAAUAAAAUUUCAAUCCUAGAAAACAUUUAAAAACAAGAUGAGAAAUGAACUGCCGAAUUAUUGCAGAAAUUCUUUGUGCAAUUCCGCAAAUAUUUCCACCUAUUGCUAUGUUUAAAUAUCCUGAAAGACCAAAACUUUUUCCCCAGGAAUUUUUUACGAUGUAGAAAGGACUGUCACCACUGAAAUUUUCAAAUAAAAUUAAAAUUUAAACAAUGAAAUGAAUUGACACUUACGA